AUGAUGUUGCCACGGACCCUCCAGCGCGCGCUCCCCGUUGCCGUCUCGCCCCAGGCCCGCGCGUCCUACCUCGCCCUCUAUAGCAUCUCGCACCGUGCACCCUUGUCCCAGUCGCACACGCGCAAAUCCUCCAGAUUCAACCGUUCCGACUUCAGCGGCCAGGGCUUCUCUUCCUUCUAUGAGCCCGAUCAGCCCACGCGAGGCCCAUUGGGCAACACCAGCAAUGUGGGCGCUGGUCUCAUCACGCCCAAGGUCCUGAGACAGCAUCUGGACCAGUUCGUCGUGGAUCAGGACCGCGCAAAGAUAGUAUUGAGCGUAGCCGUCCACGAGCACCAUCUCCGAAUCCAGGAAAUCAAAAGGCAACAUCAUGAGCAGGCUAGACUCGAGGCGCAGGCGCAGAGGAGAGCAUCUGUAUACAGACAUCCUGUAGAAGGUAGCCCCAAAUCUCAUUUUGAUCCAAGCAUCCAUGAUUUCAGCUCUCAUCCCCAGACCUUGCCAUGGCUGAGUAGCAGAGCAGACGAGUUCCCCGGUCAGCAGUCCACCGUAGAACUGCAUAGUCACAGUGACCCUCUACCCUACAGCGAAGCACCUGCCUACAAACCAGCCUCGUCCACUGCCCCCGACUCCGAUUCCUUGCUCGAUACUAGCGAGCGCCAGCUGCAGAUAGAAAAGUCCAAUGUGCUUAUACUUGGUCCGACUGGUGUAGGCAAGACACUGAUGUGCAAGACACUGGCAAAGACGCUGGGCCUGCCCAUCUCCAUGUCCGACUGCACUACCUUCACACAGGCUGGGUAUAUUGGCGACGAUGUCGAGUCUUGCGUAGCCCGCUUGUUCUCGGCCGCCAACUAUGAUAUCGACGCAACUGAGCAUGGCAUCAUCGUUCUCGAUGAAAUCGACAAGAUCGCAGGAUCCAAGAUGUCAUACGGCAAGGAUGUCGGUGGUGAAGGUGUCCAGCAGGCGCUCCUGAAAAUCAUCGAGGGCACAACCGUCCAAGUGCAAGCAAAGCCAGAGAAGAGCGCAAACAAGCCCGGCGGUAUGCCUGGUGGUCCUCAACCUCCUGGGCCUGGUGGAAACAAAGGCGAGGUUUUCAACAUACGAACUGACAACAUUCUCUUUAUAUGCACUGGCGCCUUCUCCAAUUUGCACAAGAUCGUCCUGGACAGGAAGUCAAAGGGUAGUAUGGGCUUUGGGGCGUCGAUACGGACAUCGAAUGCACAUGCCGCCGCCGACGGUGUCAUGCUCACUGGCCCCGAGGCUGAAUCCUUCAAAAAAGACUCGCCAUUCUUCGUACCUCCGAAGAACGACGUACCUAAUCCCUUCGGCGUCAGGCAGAUUCAGCGAGAGGAGAGGAUCAACGUACUUGACCAUGUGCAGCCAGCGGACCUGCAGAAGUUUGGCAUGAUACCUGAGCUCAUAGGUCGGAUACCCACAGUCUGCGCAGUGGCGGCCUUGGACGAGGAAGCUCUUGUUCGCGUUCUUACCGAGCCCAAAGACAGUCUAAUACGACAGGAAGAGCACAAGUCGUAUCUCAGGAACAUCGAGCUGCGCUUCACCAACGGCGCGCUUCGUGAAAUCGCACGGAAAGCGAGUCGGAUGGGCACAGGUGCCCGUGGACUACGACACGUCGUCGACCAGCUCCUCUUGCAAGCCAAAUAUGAAACACCCGGCUCAAGCGUCAAGCACAUUCUCGUAACACAAGACGUAGCCCUCCUCAAACGCGCACCUCUGUACUUCCACCGCGGCCAAUCUGCCGCAUUCGAAGCUGCCCACGCGCAAGAAGAAGAACGAUUCGAGGAAGAGCUACGAAGCCAAGAAGAUCCAACGAUUGCUAGCGGCACCAGCAACUUCCAAGAAUACAGGAAAGCUAGUGCUGCGGGCUUUUAGCCUACAGUGUGCUACGGGAUCGCGCCACCAAGUUGCGGGAGCACCGCAGAAGCCCGCAGAAGAACACGAGGGGGUGUGUAGGCCUGUCUUUCGGCCUGCUUGCAGCGCCCAGUGGGCGCAGAGGCGUGCCAUGCAUACUAGGAUAUAGCAGACCCAGCUUAUACGCAAGCAAGCGCGGCUUCGGGCCGUUGCAGCUCUUCUGAUUGUGCAUCCCGGUGCUCAAAAUUCCGUCAAGAGCCGAGGGCAAUAACAUUUGCUAUUGAUACAGUCCGGUCCUGGUGUUUCGAAAGCUCACCUCAACUCUGUCUGGACUAUUUGGCUCCCAUUCGCCCCCAGCAUGUGCUGCGAAGCCUUUCUGUUUUUAAUA